AUGGCAGCGGAGGACAGGGAGAUGAUGGAAGCCCGGGGAGCAGGAGAAAGCUGCCCAACUUUCCCCAAGGUUGUGCCCGAUGACCCCAUGUCUGAAGGGAAAUCAAGAGCCUCUUUGGAGGCAGAGUCCCCGAAGCCAGACUCUUCCUACAACCACCUGGAGGAGAUGGAAGCUUGCGAAGACGGAGGCUGCCCGGGGCCCCCCAAGUCACCGUCCUCUAAGGCAGGCCACACCACCAAGGGCCAGGCGGGCGACGGACCCGGCCUCGGGGAGCUGGCCCCCGCCCCGGCCGUCCCCGAGCCCCCGGGGACCGAGCGCAACACCGAGAUGGAGCUGGAGAAGGUGCGCAUGGAGUUCGAGCUCACCCGGCUCCGCUACCUGCACGAGGAGAACGAGCGCCAGCGGCAGCACGAAGAGGUGAUGGAGCAGCUGCAGCAGCAGGCCACGCCCCGCCUGUUCUCGGGAGGCCUCCAGGACCUCCUGCUCCCCCAGAACCAGUUUGCCAUGUUCCUGUACUGCUUCAUCUUUAUACACAUAAUCUAUGUCACCAAGGAGAUGAUCUUCUUUCUCUUCUCCAAGCACUACCUGUUCUGCAUCGCGGCCAUUUUGCUCUGUUUGAUUAAAACGUUAUGCGCUGGCUCCCCCCGGGACCCCUGGGCGCCCCCGCCGGCCGGGCACCCUGGGUUGGGCACCCUGGGCGCGCGCUCGCCGCUCGGGCUCCGGGCUCGUCUCACGCCCAGCGGGGCGGCCCUGAGUUUUGUCACCUGGGUCCCCGUGUGCACAGCGCCGGGCACCGAGCCUGGCCUGCAGGACCCGGUUGCAGCAGCAAAUACUCGCCAGCCGCGCGGUGGCAUCUUCCCGCCCGCCAGGGAUGACACGAGUCUGGACUUCCCAGCGUCGCCCUUCUCCGCGCCCAGGGCACCGAGGAGCGUCCCUAAGUCCCCAGGGGCUCCUUUAGGGCCGGGCCCGGGAGGGGCGGUGAGGACGCGCUCCUCGGGGAGGGCGGGGAGCGGGACCGACGAGGGCAGGCCCGGGUCACCUGCCGCCGCCGCGCUGUCACUUCGCUGCACUUGCUAG